CUCAGUUUGUAAAUAAAAUAUUUUGUCGUAUUUUUUUAUUUAAACGUUGUUAUUUAUUUAUAAUAUCUAGUUACUGUUAUAUUUAUAUAAGGAAAGAAGUGUUCUUUAACUUGAUUGUCUUGUCUGGUCUGUGCGUAGUAAUAGCCAUGCCACGAAUAAGACAAAGAACAACAAAUAGAGGCAAUAAUAGUGAAGCCAUAAAGAAAAUAUGCAAAAAUCUGUAUUAAAGAAAAUAAAUCUGAACGAUCAGUUGCAAAUCAAUUUGAAAUUUGCAUGAUUGAAAUGUUUUUUUUUUUUCAAUUUAAAAUUUCUAAUUUCUUUAGACAGGUCAGUGUUUGGUCCAUUCAAACAAUUUAUUAACCAAGAAAUGGAUUCUUGGAUAAAGAGCAACCCUGGUAAAAGGUUUACUAUAUAUGAUUUGCCUUCUGUUACUUCUAAUGCCCUUGUAAACGCAGCUACACCAAAAAAUAUUAUAAAUGGUUUUUCUGUGUCUGGUGUAUGGCCAUUCAAUAGAAAUGUGUUUGAUGACGAUGAAUAUGCACCAUCAACUGUUACAAACAUUGUAUUAGAUAGUACAGAUAAUAUGCUACCUAAUGAAACAUCUGAUAACACAGAAACAGUUAUAACAAACAUAAUAACUGAAACAUUAAGUCAACAACCAAUAACUAUAUCACCUGAAAGUAUUAGACCUUAUCCUAAAGCCUGUUUUUUAAUUGUUAUGUUUAGUAAUAAAGGCUUAUACUAUUAAAAAUCUAAUUUUGAUUAAUAUAUUAUAUAUGUGUUACAUUUGUCCCCUAGUACUGUUACAAUUGACCCAGAACCGGGUACAAUUGUAACAUUUUUUUUUUUUUUUUAAAUCAGAUUUUACAGAUUCACCUGUGGAAGUUAAUUUUCAAUUUAUACAUAUUUCUUAAGAUUACAAGUUACUGAAUCAGUUGAGUGCAAGACCAAUGCUAAAAAGUUUAAAUUUUCCCAUAAAAAAAUAAUAGUAUGGAAAAUGUUACAAUUGUACCCGGGCUCCCCUAUACGAAAGACGAUUCUGAGCGGUGACGGUUUGUCAGUGUGGAUAUAUUAUAUUAUAUUUAUAUUGUUAUUACUUAUUAUUAAUACAGUAAGUAGAAUUAAUAUUAUAAAAUUAAAACAAAAU